GGUACUAUUAAGGAAUGCAGCAAAAAUUUAAGAAAACUUAACUCUGCUCUAAUGAACGCGAAAACGAUUGGCGCUAGAAGGAAAGUCGCCCAUGCAAUAUGUGUUUUAAGUGGUUUGCGAACACAAAUGAAACUACGUCGACCUGUGUGGUUUGACCAUUCUUCUUCGAAUCUAUGUCCAGUUAGGCGUACAGUAAAAUGGGAAGAUGUGCAGUCAGCUUUUAAAAGUCGAAUACGGACUGGAGUGAUCACUAAUCUUGAAAACAAGGACCCAGCUAACUUUUUACAUGCUUGUGCAAGUUUAUUUCGUCGUCGUAUAACAAGAAUUCUUAAAAGUGAAAUAGCGUUAAAAGUAAACGCAGAAUUGUGUGGUGAAUUUAAAAUUGUUAAAGGUGAAGAUGAACAUUAUGAGUUCAAGUGUAUGAACACAAGGAAUAUGCCAAUCUAUCAAGAUACUGAUAUUAAUAUUUGGUUUAAGCGAAAUAUUCAGGAUAAGAUUUUACAAAAAUUGGAAGAAUUCGAGGAGAAAGAUAGUGGUUGGACACUAUCAGCCAUUAUAAACCUAAGCAUUAAUAUUAACAAAUUCGCACCAAUGCAAGGCUCAUCUUAUAUUCAACUCCCUAAAGAAAUAAGUGACAAGAAAGCUUGUAUUAAUGUAAAAAAUGAUGAUAAUGCUUGCUUUGCUUGGGCAGUUGUAUCAGCUUUACAUUCAGUACGUCGCUUGGAACAUCCAGAUCGACCAGCCUCAUAUCCACAUUAUUCCCAUGUGCUGAACUUAAAAGAUAUACGAUUUCCAAUAACAGUGAAGCAAAUUCCCCGUUUCGAGAAGCAGAAUAAUCUCUCUAUUAAUGUUUAUAUUCUGCAGAAAACAGGCGAUGGAAAAAAAGUAAAUUAUAUUGUUUUACCAACUUACUUAACAAAAGCUAAAAAGAUCCAGCAUGUAAAUCUUCUGAUGGUACAAAGUGAAUACUAUAAUGACGAAGAUGUAAAUGAUAGCGAUAUUAAUAGAGUUGAAUGUUUGCAUUAUCACUUUGUUUGGAUUAAAAACCUAUCACGGCUUUUAUCUUCACAAGUAUCUCAACAUAAAAGCAAAAUUUUAUUUUGUGAGCGAUGUCUUCAUUAUUUUUAUAGCCCAACACGUUUAGAAAAACAUAUUCAGGAUUGUAAUAAACUUAACAAUUGUAAAAUUCGGUUACCAUCCGAAGAUUCAAUGUUUCUGAAAUUUAAGAAUUUUAGUAAUAAAGUAGAAAUUCCUUUUGUAAUUUAUGCAGAUUUAGAGUGUCUACUGAUACCAAUUAAUGAUAAAAACAAGUAUCAAGAACAUAUUCCCAGUAAUGUAGGUUAUUAUGUUAAGUGUUCGUAUGAUCAAAAUUUAUCUUUCUACAAGAGUUAUCGUGGGAAGGAUUGCAUAAAGUGGUUUAUUAAUGAAUUGAAACAAAUUGCUGAAUAUCUACAGUCGAUUUUCCUUUCCCCUGUUCCAUUGACUGAGUUAACUAUAGAAGAAACCAGUAAUUUUAAAAAUGCUUGCAAAUGUCACAUAUGCGAAAAAUUGUUUUCCAUGAACGAUAUUAAAGUGCAAGAUCACUGUCAUCUUACAGGUAAAUACCGAGGUGCAGCCCAUAAUGCAUGCAACAUUAAUUUUAAAGAUUCACAUACAAUUCCAGUUAUUUUUCACAAUCUUAGCGGCUACGAUUCCCAUUUCAUCAUUGAGAAUUUAGCUUCUGGGUUAAGAGGUCGCAUUGAUCUACUGCCUAUAAAUAAAGAGCGAUAUAUUUCAUUCACGAAAUAUUUAGAAGGAUACUUAAUUAAGUUCCGUUUUAUUGAUUCUUUCAGAUUCAUGGCAAAUAGUCUGGAUACAUUAGCAUCCUACCUAACCAUGUUUCCUAUUUUAAAGUCUCAAUUCACAGAUCUUACAGAAGAUAAAUUUAAUCUCAUAACUCGCAAACUUUUGUACCCAUAUGACUAUUUUAACUCUUUCGAUAAAUUCACAGAAACAGCAAUCCCUGAUUUUCCCCAGUUUUAUAACAAAUUAAAUGACGAAAGUGUAAGUCACAAAGAUUACGUGCACACCUCUAGAAUUUGGGAGGAAUUUUCAAUAAAAAAUCUUGGCGAAUACUCUGAUUUGUAUCUAAAAAUUGAUGUUCUUCUUCUGGCGGAUGUUUUUGAAGAAUUUCGAUCAAAUUGUCAUAAUACAUACGGUCUUGACCCAGCUCACUACUUCACACUUCCUGGUUAUACGUGGGAUGCAAUGCUCAAAUGCACUGAUGUUACUUUAGAAUUAUUGAUUGAUGUAGAUAUGUUAAUGUUUUUUGAACGCGGCAUUAGAGGAGGACUUAGUCAAUGUUCAAAACGUUAUUCGAAGGCAAACAAUAAAUAUAUGUGCAAUUACGAUUCAACUAAGCCGUCUAAAUUCUUGAUUUAUAAUGAUAUUAAUAAUCAAUAUGGGUGGGCAAUGUGCCAAUUUCUACCACAAAAUAGUUUUGAGUGGCUGGAAAAUACGGCAGAUUUUAAAGUAGAAGAUGUGUCUGAUGAGUCACCUAUUGGUUAUAUCCUUGAAGUAGAUCUGGAAUAUCCGAAAGAAUUACAUAAUCUACACAAUCAACUCCCCUUCUGUUCAGAACGCAGUGUACCGCCUGGAUCAAAAGAAGAAAAAUUGUUGGCUACUUUAAAAGAUAAAGUUAAAUAUAUCAUCCAUUACCGAAACUUGAAGCAAGCAAUGGAGCAUGGUCUAAAUCUUACUAAAAUUCACAGAGUUCUCAGUUUUAGGCAGUCUCCUUGGCUCAAACCGUACAUUGAACUCAACACACGACUUCGAACUUUAUCAAAAAAUGACUUUGAAAAACAUUUGUUUAAGUUGAUGAACAAUGCUGUGUUUGGCAAAACAAUGGAAAACGUUCGUAAACAUAGCAUUGUGAAACUAGUAACACAAUGGUCAGGUCGGUAUGGAGCAGAAUCGCUAAUUGCAAAGCCAGAAUUUAAAGCGUCAACUGUUUUUAAUGAGAAUCUUGUAGCCAUUGAACUUAAUAAAUCUGAAAUUUACUUCAAUAAACCGAUAUAUGUAGGUAUGUGUAUUUUGGAUUUGGCAAAAACCACUAUAUAUGAUUUCCACUAUAAUUAUAUGAUUCCUGAAUUUGGUUUCAACUGUUCAUUGUGUUAUACGGAUACAGAUUCCCUUAUAUAUGAAAUAGAAUGUUACGAUUUCUACGAAGUAAUUAAACGUGAUUGUCGCAAUCGCUUUGAUACUAGUGAUUAUCCUUCUAAUAACAUUUUUGGAAUACCCCUCGUAAACAAAAAAGUAUUAGGCCUUAUGAAAGAUGAGAAUAAUGGGAAAAUUAUGACCGAGUUCGUUGGUUUACGCUCAAAAAUGUAUGCAAUUCGCGUGGCGGGUGAAGAUAAAAUGAAAAAAUCUAAAGGUGUUAAAAGUCAAAUUGUAAAAAAUAGAUUAUCAUUCGAUGAUUUUGUAGACUGUUUAAAAAAUAACACUCGAAAAGAAGUAAAGCAAAAUCUCAUACAAUCUCAGAAACAUAAGGUGAGUUCAGUAAGACAACUCAAAAUUGCCCUGAGCGCUAAUGAUGAUAAGAGGUACAUAAUAAAAGAUACUUUCGAAACUCUUGCAUGGGGUCAUCAUAGUAUUAUGGAUGUAGAUAUAAGUGAUAACGUAGCAAAUAAGGAAAUAUUGUAA